AUGUCCAUCCCAGUUGAGCGCGCGUGGGUUGAUGGAAUCUUCAAGUUAAAGUGUUCCGCGGAAUUGAUCGAAAGUUUGGACCCGAUAGGCAAAGGCCUCAUCACUUGGGCUGCAGAUGGAGAGGACAACACGUUGUGGUCAAGACUUCGGAAUAAACCCAUAGGAAGGGUUUUCGACCAGGAAAUGGAGAAGGUGCAUGGGCGUGGCAUAUAUGCCAGUGUCAUCAAGCCAUGCACCCAACCCAUCAUCAAGACUGCCCAGGAAUUUUUUGACCUGGCUAGGAUAGAAGGAGUCAUGCAUCCACAUUCUGUUGGUGGUGGAGCAUGUAUUCUUCAGCAUCCACCAAAAAUGGAUCCGAAGGUGGAAUGCACAAAGGCAGGUGCAUCAUCAAGUGAGGAAGAAAAUCGAAAGGCGUACUGGUCAAGCCUACGUGCUCUGGAAGUUGGCCAGAGAAGUCCAUCAGUGAAAUAUGUCACGGAAAUGACAGUUUCAGAACUUGAUCCUCUCAGGCUGGAACGAAUAAUACAGGAGAAGGGCAGGCCAAAAGAUGGGACGUUUUGUGCAGCUUUGACCGAUUUACCGGGAUCAAUUCUUGGAAACCUCAGUACAAGUUUUGAUCCCAUGUUUUCCAUUGAGGGAGUCAACUCUCCUUUCUUCUUCAUCGGCACCCGUAACUCUUCGUUCCCCAUGCACUGUGAGGAUAUGGACCUCUUCUCAGUGAACCUGCACUGGGGUGGAUAUCCAAAGAUUUGGUACAGCAUGGGUGCACGUGAGGUUCCGGAAUAUGAAAACAUUGUCGAGUGUGCAAUUGGGAAAGACUUUCCUGAAUGCGGAAACCUACCAAGGCAUAAGAUUUAUGCCUUUGAUGAAGUCUGGUUGGACCAUUACUGCCUGAAUGCGUGUGUGGCAGUUCAACAUCCGUACGAGUUCAUAAUCACAACACCAAGAGGACCACAUGCUGGAUUCAACACUGGCCUCAAUCUGAAUGUGGCCAUUAACUUCGCUAUCCCACUGUGGGUGGACUAUGGUCUGCGGGUGAAGUUCUGCAGUUGUGAGGGAGCACAAGAAAACAAUGUUAGGUUUCCAUUGGAACCCUUUGUUAGGCACUACUGCAGUCCAGCCACGUACGAAGAAUGGUUGCGUCGAGGACUUCAGAAGUUUCCAGCAAACCGACCGGACCUGUCAGCAACCGAAAUUCCACAACAAGUCCCACCUCCAACUCUUUCUCAGUUGAAGUUGACAAGGAUACCACAAACGGAUGCAGAAUGGGAUUAUGAAACAAGAGGAGAUAAAGUGCAGAAGAAGCUCCUCAAACUCCUUCAGAAUAGGAUUGAUUUCUUGGAGGGAAAAGUUGAGGAUUACCUCAGACUUGGUGCAAGAUUUGUCAAGAAGCAUCACAUCUGUCUUGUGAUUGACGAGGUUCACAAGAGGCAACGUUCAACUGGGACCUCAUCAGACGUUCAACCCGAAGUUCUUGAAGAAGAAGAAGAAAUUGACAAUGUGAAGGAA